AUACACCACAGACGUCAAUAACAGUAUAUUAUUUUUUUUUCUUAUCCACAAUGUUUGGUGGUUUGAUUAUUGUUAUCAAAUCAAAAUCAUUUCCUCGAACUUUGAUAACCAUCGUUAUUUUCUUGUUUUGUAAGCUAGAAACUUCGGAAGACCGAGUAAAACGCCGGUCGUACAUUUGCACAGUUACAAAUGUGUCUAGAUGAAAAAUUGUAGUUAUUGUUCGUAAACAUUACAUUUCAUAGCGACAAUUGUCAUAUUUUUCACCAAGUACUAUGAAGUGUUUCUACGAAGUGUUGGAAGUAUCUCGAGACGUGUCUGCUGAUGAGUUGAAAAAAUCUUACAGAAAAUUGGCUUUGAAAUGGCAUCCCGAUAAAAAUCUGGAUAAUAUUGAAGAUGCUAAAGAACAGUUUCAGUUGAUUCAACAAGCUUAUGAAGUACUCGGUGAUCCACGUGAACGCCAAUGGUAUGAUAAUCAUCGAGAGUAUAUUAUUAAUAGUGGUGACACACCUGUCAAUGAGCUCAACCUGUUUAAGUAUUUUUCACCUUCAUGUUACAAAGGAUUUGGGGAUGAUGAGAAAGGGUUCUAUUCUGUAUAUCGCGAGGUAUUCAAUACUAUAUUAGUUGAAGAAAGUGUUUAUUUCGAAAUAGAUCCUAAUGAGAUUCCAACAUUUGGCCAAUCAGACAGUGACUAUAUGGAAAUUGUUCGACCAUUUUAUAACUUUUGGCGUGGUUUCAAUACGCACAAACCAUUUGGAUGGUUAGAUCAACAUGAUAUUCGACAAGCGUCUAAUAGACGCAUUAUCAAAUUAAUGGAAAAAGAAAAUAAGAAGAUUCGUGACAAAGCUAAGAAAGAACGUAAUGAUGAGAUACAAGCAUUAAUAGAGUUUGUAUGUAAACGUGAUAAACGAGUUAAAGCAUAUGCUGAGACUCUUAAGUUAAAAUCAGCUGAGAAUAAUAAACGAAUGGAAGAAGCUAGACGAAAAAGGAUUAAAGAUAAACAAAAAGAAAUGGCUAGUUAUAAAGAAUCUGACUGGUCAAAAUUUUCCAAUGUUGAAGCUGAAUUAAAAAUAAUCGAGGAAAGCCUUAUUACCGAGUACGGAAGUAGUGAAGAAAUUGAGUCAGAUGAUGAAAUGGCAAAUUGCUUAUACUGUGUGGCUUGCAAUAAAGUAUUUAAAACAGAAAAAGCUUUUCAAAAUCAUGAAAAGUCUAAAAAGCAUAAAGAAAAUAUUGAACUAAUCAAGGUUGAGAUGUUGAAUGAUGACGAAAUGCUUAACAACGAAGAGCUCGAUGAAAACAGUAGUUUAUCUAAUGAAACUGAUCAAAGCAAUUCUAGUGUUGAAAGUGUUGUAGAUGAUGCUGAUUGCGAUAGUUCUAACGAUAGCAAAGAAGAGUCAUGUGAUAGUUCAAGUAGUCAGGUUGACGAACUAGUAGAAUUUUAUAAUAAAAAGUCCACGAAUAUUGAUGGAUUAAAUAAACAAAAUCGAAUUGAUUCAGAUGAUGUACUAGAAGCUGAUUUGAGCAGUGAAGAAGAAAUACCUAAUAUCAGUGGAAAACCGAGUAAAAGUAAAAAGAAACACUCCGUAUCUGUUGAUGAAGUAAAUGUGUUAUAUUGUUUGACAUGUGAUCAGUCUUUUAAAACAGAAAAAGCUCUGCGCAAUCAUCGAUCAUCUAAAAAACAUCAAGAUAAUGUUGUGUUGAUUAGUGCUAAAAAAACUGAAUGUGAUGAUCAUUGUCCUGUUGGUGAUGACAAUGAAAAUAAUGUAGUAGCUGAAGAUGUUGCUGAAGAUGUACUAGAAGAAAGUAAACUACAGGAAGAACCUUCUGUAGGAAAGUCAUCGAAAACCAAAAAAAAACAAAAAACAUUUGAAAAAGCAAAAGUAAAAAAGUCAAAUCAUGCAUGUGGCGUUUGUUCAUCAGUAUUCUCAUCGAAAAAUAAAUUACAUCAACAUUUAAAGGAUGCAAAUCAUGUGGUUUUAAAAACUGUAGUUGUUAACGAACGUAAGUGUAAAAAAAAAGGAAAAUAAUAAGUUAAUUUUUUGUUGUGUUAUUUGAUUGUGUUACAAUUUGUGUUAUU